AUGCCACCCGCUCAUAUCUUCGUGAUAACUUCCCGAUUUGACGACGCGGCAGGCCCGGCGUCUCAGAACAUUCGGGAUAUCAUUGUAUUCGACGUUCUUUACGGAGUCGGCCUAGUAUUGCUCAUACUCCUUCUUUUCACCGCACUGUUCUCCCCGCGUCACAUUAAACGAGGGCCUACGUGGUUUCUGAUGCUCGUUGGCUGGAUAAUCACCAGCAUGGGAAAUCUGAUUAUAGUGGGACAGCAGACAGGGCCUCCACCAUCUCAAGCGAUAUGUCUUUUUCAGGCGAUGCUGGUGUACGCAUCUCCGGUAUUAACAUCCUCUACUGCAUUUGUAUUUGUCUUCCAGGUUUAUAUGUCCUUCCGAAUGGCAGCCAACUCUUCCAAUCAACCAAUGCUCAGUCGGAAACAAGUAGCAUGGAUGAAUUUCAUUCCAUGGAUAGGUUUUGUUGCUGUAUUGGUCGAAAUUCUGAUCAUAGGGAUCAAAAAUCCUAAUGAAGUCAGAAGAAAUGAGCCAGGGACCUAUUGUAGUUUGUCAGGGUCUAUAGGUUAUGGAGUGACCGCAGGCCUUACUGUUCUCGCCAUGCUUGCAGUAUUGGUGAUGGAAUUUCUCACUGGUCGCAUCCUGCGUCGCGUCUGGAAGAAUUCAGAGACCGUACAGCUCAUACGAAAUAAUGAACUCUUCUCGAUUGAGACCAUGGCAAGAUUAGGCAUCUUCUGCUUCUGUCCAAUGAUUGCUCUAGCAGUGUCAUGUUUGCAAUACUUCCCUGGGCACAGCAAUCUAGGUGCAAGUUUACAGCUUGCUAUUGCUAUCCUACCUUGUUGCGCAAUAUUAAUCUUCGGCAGUCAGAAGGACAUUGUGCGUGCUUGGACAUGUCAGAAGAGCUGA